UGACCGGGACAUAAAAGUCAAUUUUUUCGACGCAAAUUGCAGGGAUGAACAUGAAGUACAUAGAAAUAGUAAACCAUUGCUGCUCCAAUUUCAAGCAUUUCCCCAUAUAUUUUCUCUAUCUCUACAAAUCUGGCCAUUUUUUUUCCUCAAAUCUAAGCUCAAAAACGUUGGAAUUUAAAUGACGAAGAAACCCACCAUUUUCAAACAAAAUGGGUCAACUUUGAAUCAAGAGGAAGUUUGCAGAACCGAUUUCCCUCCCGAUUUUGUGUUUGGUGUGGCCACUUCUGCUUAUCAGGUUGAAGGAGGGUGCAAUGAGGGUAACAGGGGUCCUAGUAUUUGGGAUGCUUUUACUCAUAUUGAAGGAAAAAUUGCUGAUGGUAGCAAUGGCGAUGUGGCAGUUGAUCAAUACCAUCGUUACAAGGAAGAUGUACAACUCAUAUCUACGUUGGGAUUUGAAGCAUAUCGGUUCUCAAUAUCAUGGUCCCGCAUAUUCCCGGAUGGUCUUGGGACCAAGGUUAACGACGAAGGGGUCAGUUACUACAACAAUCUUAUUAACGAGCUUCUUAAGAAAGGUAUUCAACCUUAUGUUACUUUGUACCAUUGGGACCUCCCUUUACAUCUCCAAGAAUCUAUUGGAGGGUGGAUGAAUAAGGACAUUGUAAAAUAUUUUGCGAUCUAUGCGGAAACUUGCUAUGCAAAUUUCGGGGAUAGAGUAAAGCAUUGGGUUACAUUUAACGAGCCUCUUCAUACUUCUCUCCUCGGCUAUGGUAUUGGGGUAUUUGCACCUGGAAAAUGUGAAGAUUCAUAUUUGGUAGCACAUCACCAAAUCCUGGCCCAUGCUUCUGCCGCGUCAAUCUAUAAAGACAAGUACCAGGAAAAGCAAGGCGGGCAAAUUGGCUUGGUGGUUGAUUGUGAAUGGGCCGAGCCUGCAUCAGAGAGUGUUGAAGACAAAAAUGCUGCUGCACGACAUCUUGCUUUCCAGCUAGGAUGGUAUUUGGAUCCGAUAUAUUUUGGAGACUAUCCUCAAGUAAUGCGUGAAAAACUUGGAGAAAGGCUUCCUAAAUUCUCUCGAGAAGACAGAGAUCUUCUUCAAAACUCCAUAGACUUCCUUGGUAUAAAUCACUACACUACUAGGUACGUAGCACAUUUGACUAAUGAUGCUGAAGGGGGUGAUUAUUAUGCAGCACAAGAGAUGGAGACAAUUGCUGAAUGGGAUAAUGGUGAAACAAUUGGCGAGAGGGCAGCAUCACCGUGGCUUUAUGUUGUUCCUUGGGGGUUUAGAAAACUUCUUAAUUACGUAACAGAGAAGUACAACAAUCCUACAAUUUAUGUUACUGAGAAUGGUAUGGAUGAUGAAAACGACGACUUGGCUGAGCUCCAUGAGGUAUUAGAUGACAAAUUGAGAGUAACUUACUUCAAGGGAUAUGUUGCUUCUGUUGCGGAGGCAAUCAGGGAUGGCAGCAAUGUGAAAGGAUACUUCGCAUGGUCUUUGCUGGACAACUUUGAAUGGCAACAAGGUUAUACCAAACGUUUCGGUUUAGUUUAUGUAGACUAUAAGAACGGGCUUUCCCGGCAUCCCAAAUCCUCCGCUUAUUGGUGGACGCGGUUCUUGAAGGGCAACAAGGGGGAAGAUGGUAAAGAAGAGUAAUUUCUAUUGGAAUCAGAACAUUUAACUAAAUCCUCUCAUACUAGUGUUGUGAAGUCCCAAUACAUGUACGAAUGCUUCUGAAAGUAACCAAAAUUACUUUUGUUCAUGUUACUUCCUGUAUUGUAUUGAUCACAUUUUUCAACUUACAUGAUCAAACAUUUUGUAUUAUCUAUAAUGAUAGUCAUUACAGAUUUUCAGGCGAUCUUUGAA